AUGAGCCGCAGUAAAAUUUCUCAAGUCAUUAAAGGUCAUAACCUCUACAUCCAGUGGAACAACUUUCGAUUCGACGACGACAAAUUUGGAGAACACGAGUUCAGCUUUCAAGUCAGACUGGGCUACGGAGGAGAAAUCGAUUUCGUUUACAGAAAAGUGCCCUACAACAUGGCAGUUUUGCAAAACGCUUGUCCCAACUGCCUCGAAGAUAAAUUUGGAGUCAUGUAUUCUCAUCACGAAGUUUUUGAAUUUCCCCGCCCCUACAACGAAUCUUACGAGCUUGGAUUUUCCAUGGAUUUCGAAAAAUAUCAAGUCAAGGGCGGGACUGUGGUCAGAUUUUUCCCGACUGAUUGGUGCAUGGGGCAAAAAAACUGCGACGACUGCACCAAAACGAAAUAUCAAAUCAGCUCGAAUCAUUUUGAUCGGUGCUCGUGGUGCCCAGCAAUCGAGAAGUGUUCCAGCAAGAGGGACAGUUUGCAGCACGUGUGGAAGGAGAACAAAUGCGACGAUAAUCGCAAGAAUGUUCCGAGUUCUUGCCACCCUGAGAGCAAAAGAAUUUUUGGCAAUGGUUCUUUUAUAACAAUGUCACUCGUGGUUUUCUGGAUCAUCACACCCCUGAUUGUUAUGAUCACCCUCUGUGUAGUCUCCAAGGAUCAAAUUGUUAGAAUAUUUCAAACAACUCCGGCGCAAUGGUUUCGAGACUUUAUCGAAUGCUUGGAUGAGCCAAAUCAGCCGGAUGACAAUAAUGAAGCAGAAGAUGAAAACAGUGACCAGGAAGGCCAGGAAUUGCAGGAAUUGCCUGGCACCGACGUCCAAGAAACAAUUGUGUAA